UGUUCUGUGGAGUUCUCGUUCCACGUGCGUGUAAAAAUGAAUCAAGUUUCCUUGUUACUACCGUCGUCUUUAAUACUGUGGUUAUUUUUGGUGGAAAACUGCUUAAGCGCAAGUCACUCCAGUAGUUUCUGCGGGGAGAAAAAUACUUCAUGUAACGAUCAGUUGAGGAACCAACUGUCAUUGAAAAACAACUGCCAAACAAAAUAUAUUCCUCAAAAUAGCAAAGAGUGCAAGGAUUGGCUGUUCGAGGGCACCGCCUCCUCGCAGCUGCGAACAGUUCGGUUGGAAGCGUACGUCAACACGGAAUAUGGCUACACCUUGCCUGCGUUCAACGUCUCCUUCCGCCCCGUCAAGUGGAAGCGCAUCCGCUUCAGGUUCCAGUCGGACGGCAGGAACCUGUGUCGGCAAUUCAACCUGGAGGUUGCCGACUCGCGGCCGAUCUACUUCGACUGCCGGUGGGUCACGUCACACGACAAGAACGGCUCGUUCGUCUUCGAGUACGAUGUCAGCGACGACGAUGGCCUUCGGGAGAGAGGGAAGUUCUUGUUGCUGGUGCCGUUGUACUCGAAGGAAGCGAGCGAAGCCGGCGUGUCGGAGUGGAGGCCGCUGGUGUACGUGGACGUGACGGAGCUGCCCCGGGCCGCGGUGCGCUGGGACACCCUGCCCCGCCAGCUCCGGGGCUGGAGCCCGGACGGCCUCGGCUACGAGGUGACGCUCCACCACUGGGCGGGCGGCCGCGAGACGGAGCGCAAGCUGGCCAGUGUGUCGGCCGGCGGGGAGCUGCUCGCGGUGCACGAGGUGGGGCCGGCCCCUGGGACGUACCGCUUCGGGGUGCGAGCCAGCCACCCGGCCUGCGGUCCGGCCGGCUGCCCGGUCUCCUUCUCCCCGCCCGUUGUCGUGGAGGGGCACACUAGGUUCUUCACAGUAGUGAAGGUCACUUGCUUCGGGCUGAUCCUAUUGGUGCUGGUUGCUUUGUUCCUGCUCAGGAGCUGGCUGGUUCGCUCACAAGCAGACUCGAAGCUGGCUCCAGCUGUGCUGGUGGUGUACGUGCCAACGCACGGCGCUCACGUGCGAGUGGUGAAGGAGCUGGCGACGUACCUGCGCUCGCGGUGCGGGGUUCGAGUCCUGCUUCACGACACGGACGUCCCCAGGGAGAACGUCCAGGGGCUGCAGGAGUGGUUCAGCGACGCCUUCGCGCGGGCAGACUUCGUGAUGGUUGUGGCGUCGCCGCUGCAGCACACGGACCUGCGGGAGACCAUCUACAAGGACGCGGGAGAGAUCGGGCUGAAGCUCCUCCGGCUGACGUUCGCCUCCCCCGGCACGCCCCCCGGGGGCUACUUCUGCGUGACGCUCCCGUACAGCGGCGCCGCCGACCUGCCGAGGGACGCGGUCCACUUCCGGCGGUUCCACCUGGCGCGGGAGCUGGACCACAUGCUGCGGCACUUGCGGGGCGGGGGCCGGUGCCUGCCGGGCAAGCUGCUGUCCUUGCUGCGGGUCAGGGUGCCCGGGGGCUCCGCCCACUACCGGGUGUCCGGAGGGCAGCUGGAGACGGCCAUCGCGCGAGCGGCCCGCGAGAUCCCGGGGUACCUCCGCGCCCGCGACGCAGUCGGUGAGUGCCCUGGCCAGACAAGCCCCUCCCCUCUGGUGCUCGAGGAGACGGCGAGUUUCCUGGGCACCCUGGAGAGCGACGUCGCUGAGGUCCAGGGGCCUGACUUCCCAGUCAACAUCAAGUCCGCACUUAGCAUUGAGAACGGCCUCCCUGGCAGCAGGCCGGCCCAGAAAACUAGACGUGUCAUCGGUCCAAGUAUGAAGCUCUGACUGUUCGCAUAGGCUCAAUGAUGCUCCAGCAAUUUGUCAUUGCUCUUAUAAAAAGGAAAGAAGGGAAUUGCUAAGAGUGGCAUAGCCAGGAUUUGUAUAUGGGGGGUGUUAAGAAGCACCCCCCCCCCCCUCCCCCCCCCCCCCCCGUAUUAAAAGUGGGGGUCCGGUGGUCCUCCCCCGGGAAAAUUUGGAUUUUAAGGUGUAAAAUAGUGCUAUUUUAGCAGUUUUCACUACUUAAAUUUAAAUAUUGUAUUGGUAAAAUUUUUAUUAAUUUUAAUAUGAAAAUUGUUUGAGUGAUGAAUAAGAAAUUAAUUAAAGAUUUGGUGAUAAAGGGGGGGGGGGGGGGGUUGAACCCCCAAACCACACACCCCCCUUCCCCUGGUUACGCCCCUGAUUGCUAACAAUGCUGAUUGUUGACAAUAAUUAAAUGGGCGAUACUAGGCACAAGACACUGAAAUUAGCAAAAAGUAUCAAAGGAAGUACAGUAGAACCUCGAUGAUACGUUCCCGUUUCAUACAUUUUCCCGUGUCAUACACCAAUUAAUUUUGGUCCCGCCGAAAGUACUACUAUAUUUACAAUGGUUUACUAUCUCGGAACAUACACUUAUAAAACCAUUAAUUUCCCGUUUCAUACGUUUUUACAAAGCGGAAAAGUCCUAAAAUUCACAAAUUUUUUUUGUUAUAUUCCUCCUGAUAAAUUACGUUUUAAUUAAUGUUUUUAUUUUGAAAAAUGUUCAUUGUUUACAUUUGCAAACGUAAGAAAAUAACUUUAUCGCACCAUAGAUAUGGAUAGUAUCAGGAAGACUGUGCACUUCGCUAGUAGCAUCUAUGGCCAGCACCAAGCGAGACUAGUGGCGCAAACAAGAAAUGAUCAUGAAAAUGGUGCACGUGCUUUACCAAGGCACGGAUCUCAUAUUUUGUGCAGUCAUUUAUCUUUGAACUGAAUAUACCCGUUUGUUAUUGUUUUUUUACGAUUGGAUUGUUUUGUAUUUUACGUUUCUCAAGUUAAAAUUAAAAUUUCUGAUUUUUUUUUUACAAUAGCCUAAUUUUUUUAAUUUCUAAUUUAGGCUUGGUGACUUUUCCCCCUCCAAGAAAGGACUUCAUAACAUUUUUUAAGGCCACUGAUUCUCAUGUCAGCUUUACUUGAUUAUGGACUGUAUUUUGCAUUUCUGGUGGUUUUAUUAUAUAUAUAAUAUAAUGAUGAAUUCAUAUCUUUCAUUAAUAUAAUGCAAUUAUUUACACAUAUGUAUUUAUGUUUAAUCUGGCAUUGUGCUGGUAUGCUAGAUUGGAAAAAAAUUUCAUUAUUGCCAUUCCCUUUUCAUACACUUUCCCGCAUCAUACACCAUUUUUGUGCCCUCCGUUGAAAAGUGUAUGACAGGGGUUCUACUGUAAAUCGAAGACAUUUUGUUGGGGAGCGUUGCGUUUGAAUCAUAAUUGCGCUCUUCGGCCACAAAGGUAUAUUCUUGGCUCGGCCAUACCACAUAUCAAAUCAGUUCAGGUGUUUUUGUAGUCAAGACCUCUUUACUUCUGAGCCCUGGCUGAGGUGGAAAACAUGUGGAUUUGACAUCUGGGGGGAGAGUAGUUUAAAUCCCCGGAGUGUUUGAUUAAGUGCCAUUUUUAGAAUACCAAAAAUAUUAUUUUUUGGUUACUUUAGGCCGUGUACUAUGCACUGGUUCUUCGUCUCCCCUUUUCAUCGUUAGUGGUGUAGGAAUACUAUAUUUUAUACUCGUGUUACCCUUCCCUGUUUACUGUAUUUUUUACUACCCUUCUUCCCCAAGAGAGAAAAGAUGUUGUGUUGCUCAAGUUAUCUUGUCAAUUAUUAGUAUAGAAAAAAUAACGCCCUUUUCAGUAGUUUUGUCAUGGAAUAGUGCAGUAGAAAGCUUGGGAAAUCUCACGCCAAGAACAAUGUUUUGGAUAAAGUUGUGUCACAAAAUCUUGUCAAAAUAGACGUGAUGAUUGUUUAUGGUGCCAAUUCACGCCAAUUCAGUCUCUGGCUGGUUUAUUUUUAGAUAGUCCCCGUCUGAGUUUUUUACGCACUUAUUCGACCACACAGUGCCAUGUUUAUUUUUUUUGUACCUAAGCUGAAAAAAUUUCAUAAGGGUCGGCGUACAUGUUAUUAAACAAAACAUGUGCUAUCCAUAUGCGGGUAAAUACGAGAGAGAGCUUUUGCUCCACACGUGUUGUGUCUCCGAGCUUUGUAGCUAAGCUAGUGUGUACUUCACUGGGCCAUCGCUUGGACCAGUACAGUUCAAGCUGAACCUCACAGCUCAAAUGCUAAAUAAAUUGAAAUUAAACAUAAUCGCAUGUAAUUGCAUAAGAUAAUUGUUUCUUAUUGCAUAGCCAGGUGAAUUUUUUAACAUGAGAGUAAUAUAAAAAAAAAGAAAUUAGAUGUGUUUGUGAUGAAAUGUUGUAUAGUUAUAAAAACAUAUUUAAAUUAAAAUAAGUAUAAAACAUUGUUUUUGGGAGCAGUUUUGUGUAACAUAUCCAAUUGUAUUUUUUUAAUGUUAAAUUUUUUUUUAUAAAUCAUGCAGUUGAAUGUGGUUGUAAUGCGAAACUUUAAUAUAACCAAAAUAUAUUUGAUUUUGAAAAUAUGAAUUAUAAAACCAUGAUAUAUAUACUGUAUAUGCAAUAAGGAACAAUUACUUUGCAAAAUUUCUAAUUGUAAAUUCUCCUUUUGAAUUAUGGAUGAGAGCUGUGGAUUUAGUGAUAGUGAUAACAAUUCUGAGUUGCUUGUGAGUGCCAUUCACGUAAAUAGUAGGGAGUAGUAAUAAUUUUGGUCACAUUUUUGUAUUUGGCUACAGUAACUCAUGUAAAAUAUGUUUAGCUGUAAAAUAGUAGUUUAAAAUUUUUUUUUAAAUGUGGAUAAUGUGUAGUUACUUACCAAUGAUGAUUCUCACUGCACCAUUAUUUUUAAGUUUUGUACUUCUUAACAUAUUAUAUUUAAAUAUUUGUUAUCUCCUUAGGACAUAUUUUUGUAAUGCAUUUAAAAAGACACCAAGUGCCUGAAUAACUGAAAUGUACUUGUAAAAUGUUUUCUUAGUUGCUGUAUCUUUAGAAGCAUUUUAUUCUUUCAGAGAGAGUAUGUUGUGUACAAUACAUAAUGUAUAUCUAUCGUAGAAUACCAUUAGAAUUUUUUAAGAGAUUGCAAAAGUUGUUGUCACUAUGUACUAGUAGUGAUAUUAAUCUUGAUUAUAUAUUUUUGUUAGUCCUAAGAUUUGUGUUAAGGAAAGAAAAAAAAACACCAUGGUGAUUCUUUCAGUACUCGCCAGUGAUAAUAUAUGAAACUUGAUCACAAAAUUUAAUGUAGAAUUAUUUAAAGUAAUGCAGUGUGUGAUAAAUAAAUCAUUCACUUUUCAAAUACCAAAAUAUCUGAAUGCAAUUCACACUCAUACUUCCUGUGCCCGGUGCUAGAAUUAACUUAUUCCUGUGGCGUGCCUCGUCUGCUUUAAGAUUACUUUUUACUAUGACUAUUUUUAGUUUACCAAAUAUAUUCCAGGGUUGUUUCACUAUCAUAAAGUUUAAUUUGUCACAUCAAUACAUUUGGUAUGUACCCUAAUGUUUACUAAAGUGACUAUGUUGCUAUAUAGGUAGGACUGCCAUCUUUUGACUUACAUUUUCGUUCAUAAACUUCCAUUCUAAUUUCAUGAAUUUACUCCUACCAAAAGCAGUUUACAGAGACCUAAGAUGUUUACACAUCAAAAAUUGCUUUUUUUUUUUUUUUAAUUUAUUUUUUUUUAUUUUAUUUUUUUUAAGUGAUCAGUCUUUCUCACCAGUCUCUUUAAAUCAUUCAGCUGGUUGUUGCAAUGUAUCUAGUGUAUGGGGAAGGCACAGGGUAAUAAAAUUUAAAUGUAGA